UCAAACAUAAUUUUAUUAGAAAAAAACAUUGUUUGCUAUCUGUUUUUUUUUUUUUAAUUUUGGUUUAAGAUCAAGAUCAACUGAUCUUCAAUCAAUAAAGAACGAGCUCAGCACGUCACACUGAUCAAAGGUCAAGCUUAGUUGAAGACUAGAGCAACUUUGCAUUGGUGUUCUUGAAGAUUCCCUUUGCUCCUCAAGGUGCUUAUGGGAGAUAAUUGUCCUCGUGGGCGUCUAACCUUCUAAAUCAAGUGCAAGAGAAGAUACAGUUAUGGCACCAUGCACCGCAGUGGAGUUUUAGAAAACAAAUGAGAGAGCCAGGCUAGUUAUCGCAACAAUUCUUGGAAUGGUGUUAGGAUUUUUUAUUGGUGUUUCGUUUCCAUCAGUUUCCCAUUACAAGAUUCACUUACCUUCAAGCCUUAGAUCAACUUUUGAUGUAUCCGUAUCUAAUGAUCAAGACUUUAUAGUCAGGUUUCCUGAGAGAACCACUGACAAUCUACCUAAGGAUCUGAAGAAGAAACCAAAGUAUUUAGUGACAUUUACAGUUGGUUUUGAUCAGAGGGAUAACAUAGAUAAAUGUGUUAAAAAGUUUUCUGAGGAUUUUCAAAUCAUGCUUUUUCAUUACGAUGGGCGGACGACUGAAUGGGACCAAUAUGAGUGGUCAAAGAAUGCAAUCCAUGUUAGUGUAAAGAAGCAAACAAAAUGGUGGUAUGCAAAAAGGCUUUUGCAUCCAGAUGUUGUAUCCGCUUAUGAAUAUAUUUUCAUAUGGGAUGAAGACCUGGGAGUGGAACACUUCAAUUCGGAGAGAUACAUACAACUGGUCAAGAAGCAUGGUCUGGAGAUCUCUCAACCAGGUUGGGAGCCCAAUAAUGGAUUGACAUGGCAGAUGACAAAGAGAGGUGACAAAGAAGUUCACAAGAUUACAGAGGAGAAACCAGGCUGGUGCAGUGAUCCUCAUUUGCCACCAUGUGUCGCUUUUGUGGAAAUAAUGGCACCUGUAUUUUCUCGGGAGGCUUGGAGAUGUGUGUGGCAUAUGAUUCAGAAUGAUUUGGUGCAUGGAUGGGGAUUGGAUUUUGCUCUCAGAAGAUGCGUCGAGCCUGCACAUGAAAAAAUUGGUGUGGUAGAUUCACAGUGGAUUAUACAUCAAGUAAUCCCUUCUCUUGGAAAGCAGGGCAAUCCGGAAGGUGGAAAAGCUCCUUGGGAAGGGGUUAGAGCAAGGUGCAAAAACGAACGGUCGAUGUUUCAGAAAUGACUCUCGAGUGCAGACAAGGAAUACUUUGCUCAGCUUGGAAAGGAGGAUUAAAUAUUAAUUUCAUUGAUUUCUUUUUCUGAGAGCCCUACUGAAUUUCUUUCACCCCCAUUUGUACAUGUAUAUUACCUC